UAAAUUACAAUUAAACAACCUGUGUGCUUAUGAGAUUGGGAUCACCGAGCGAUGUAAUUCUGGUUGUGUCUAUAAAGGAGACUUGGCCGCUCCCACCAUUUUCCUCCUUAUCUGCUUCACUCUGGAAUCUUCCAUUCGACCAAAAAUGGCGAACGUAUUGGAAUUGCUUCCGAAAGAAUAUGGCUAUGUGGCUAUCGUCCUCGUUAUCUACUGCUUUCUCAACUUCUACAUGGCAGCUCAAGUGGGCAAAGCUCGCAAGAAGUAUAAAGUGUUUUAUCCCACCCUUUAUGCGUCCGAAUCCGAAAACAAAGAUGCAAAGCUCUUCAACUGCGUUCAGAGAGGGCACCAAAAUUCUCUGGAAAUGAUGCCUAUGUUCUUCAUGCUAAUGAUUCUCGGUGGGCUAAAGCAUCCCUGCAUUUGUGCUGCGCUUGGAGUUAUCUACGUUGUUGCUCGAUAUUUCUAUUUCACUGGCUAUUCUACCGGCGACCCACAGAACCGGCUUAAGAUUGGGAAAUACGGGAUGUUGGCACUUUUCGGUCUGAUGAUUUGUACAAUCUCGCUUGGGUACAGCCUCCUUCAGCAGCCUGCUAGCCCCUGAUUGUGUUCCUGGAUUUUGUAGUUCGUGUCUUUACCAUGUUCUUGUACCCGGCUUCGUUUUGCAAUCUUGUAUUGUCUGGUAGAAGGGAUGGUGAAUAAAAUUGAGGGUCUGAUCUUAGUAGUCAAUGUAUCUGUAUUAAAACUAGUUGGGUUUUCAGUCCAGUGAAACUCCAACCUUGUUUCUGUGAUCUUUAUAAUUGAAAAAUUAUGUUUGUUUUUGUGCUUCAA